GAAAAAAUAAAGCUGUCAUCCCACUUCUCAAACAUACUUGCUAGCAGUGGUUGAAAUACGCAUUUUAUUAUUAGUCCGAUACGAGGAAAGAAUAUUAUCUUUUGAAGAUAGUUGACAUAUUUUUAAAGGUCCAAAUGUUUAGUAAAAAAUUUAGCAAUGUGGAGAUGGUAUGGCAGCCAAAAGGAAAUUUUGGGAAAAAUAUUAAGAAAUUUAAGAAAAGAAUAGUGGACAAGUAUAAUGUCACUUUAAAUGACUACUGGGAUUUGCAUAAAUGGUCUAUUGAAAAUCUUGAAGAGUUCUGGGCGGAAAUAUGGCAUUUUUCUAAUAUUAUUUGCUCAAAAUCCUUUGAUAAGGUUAUUGAUUUGAGCAUUCCGAUGGAAAAUUCACCUCGCUGGUUCGAAGGAGCGAAGCUUAAUUAUGCCGAGAACUUGAUGAAAUAUCGUGAUGAUCAUGUGGCGUUGAUAUCGACAGGUGAAGAAAGCGAAGUUACCGAAACAACGUAUGCUGAAAUGUACGAAGAAGCUACGUUAUAUGCUGCAGCUCUUAGAAAAUUUGGUCUGAAAAAAGGAGAUAUUGCUGCUUGUUACAUGUCUAAUAGAAAAGAAGCUAUUCUUCCUAUGCUUGGUGUAACGAGCAUCGGAGCUAUUUUUACGGGAGCAUUGCCACAAUUAGGUGCUCAGGCUGUCGUCAAUCGUUUCAAGUUAGUAAAACCUAGAAUACUUUUUUCAAUAGAUAGAUUUCAGCAUAAUAAAGAAGAGAUUGAUAUGCUGACAAAACUAGUUCAGAUAACUGAAGAACUACCUUGUUUAGAAAAAGUCGUCAUAGUGCCAUCAAAAGAAGAAUCAAAAUUGAAAGAUAUCAGUAGAAUUAAGAACAGUUGCUUCUUGGAUGAGUUUCUGAAUUCUGGGAAAGACGCUGAUGGAUCUGUUGUACCUAUAACCUUUGAACAAGUACCUUUUUCGCACCCUGUGUUCAUUAGUUACACAUCGGGUACAACUGGAUUACCUAAGGCUUUGAUCAAUGAUGCUGGGCUUUUAUUAUCUGUCGCCAAAGAUUCAGUUUCAUACGGUGAAGGAGACAGAAACCGAAUAAUACUCUCAAUGUCACCGGUUGGUUGGGCUUCUUGGAACAUCACCUCCACCUUGCAUUUUCUCGGUUGCACUACCAUCUUGUACGAAGGCUUUCCAUAUUUUAUCAGCCCGACUUCUAUUUGGGAUAUGGUUGACCAGUUUAAAAUCACCAAUCUUUCAUUCGCAGCCAGUAUUCUGGAUGAUUUGGAAAAGAAAGGAUACCUGCCAACGGAGAAGCACAGUUUGGAAUCCUUAAAAGCAAUUGGAAGUGGUGGGAGUGUUGUAAAACCACAGACCUUUGACUUUAUAUACAAGAAAGUGAAAAGAGAUGUCAUAUUUACUGUUGCUUAUGGAUCCACUGAACUAAUGGGAGCUGCUUUAAGGCAUGAUUAUUCUUUACCCAUUUACAAAGGAGAAAUUCCGGCUCCUUGUUUAGGAAUAGCUGUGGAAUGCUUAAACGAGGAAGGUCAACAUGUAGUAGGUGAACCUGGCAAAUUAGUACUAGCAAAACCAGUACCUUCCUUGGUACUGGGCUUAUGGGGAGACAAUGAUGGAACUACAUUUAAGAAAUUAUACUUUUCGGAAUUCCCGGGAAAGUUCUCUUUGGGUGAUUCGGCCAUUAUCAAUCCUAUAACAAAAGGUUACAUUAUAUGCGGAAGAAGUGAUGCUACUUUAAAACAACGAGGAUGUCGAUUUGGAAGCUCUGAAAUUUACAAUAUUGUGGAUAAAUUCCCUGAAAUCGUCGACAGUAUUUGCGUCUCUCAGUACAGCAAGAAUUUGGCGGAAAGAGCUGUCCUAUUUCUGAAAAUAAAAGAGGGCUAUCAGUUUAACAAAGAUCUGGAAAGCAGGAUUCGAGAAAUGAUUGGAAGUGAAUUAACGCCUCGACAUAUUCCAGAAGUUAUCCUGGAAGUUCCAGAUAUACCGUAUAACAUAAACGGAAAGAAAGUAGAAAUUAUUGUGAAGAAAAUCAUCAACAAUAUGCCCUAUGAUCCGGAGAGUGUGGUGAAUAAGGAAUGCUUGAAAAUAUUUCACGAUAUGCCAGAACUUCAAGGAUUCGAAGACUAAUGGCUGCCAAUAAAGAAAUAUUAAUAAAUUUAUUUUGAAACAUAAGCCAGGACUAUUUUUCUAAUUCUUUUUCAAAAUAUAUUUGUUUUCAGAUUAACUGAAAUGAUCAGUAUGCAUGAAUAGAAUGUUAUAUAUAUAUAUGAUAAUUUUUGUGCGAUUAGUAAUGUAUGCUGAGCAGUUAAUUUAAGAAAUUGUUUAGAAACAUUUGAACGUGGGUGUAGUGCCUUAUCCUCCAAAACUGUAAACCCGAAAAUAGGAGGCGAUAAAAGAGUAAGUUGGAGACGGGCUUCCGGUGGGAAAGGCUGAAUGCUCAGUGUGGUCAUUUUAUAAAUUUAAACAAGUCUAUCAAUUGAUGUAUUUCUGUUUGUACAAAGUGUAUAUAAUCUAAGUUGCGUGGUGUAAAUAAGUAAGAAGGUAAAUCUGAAUUAAUUGCGGGGAAGACUCCAACACCGGCCAUGGCUGGAUUUUACAAUAAGUGAAAUAUAUUUAUAAUGAUGAUGAGUUUCUUUUAGCAUCUGUAAAUUUGCUGAUUUUUCUGAAUAAAUAAUGUUAUAAUAAGUCAAA